AUGCCUGCGCUCUGUGGAGGAAGCAAGACGGUUCAGCGAAAGCUGGUACUACUCGGCGACGGUGCGUCCGGAAAGACUUCGUUGCUCAACGUCUUUACGAGAGGCUACUUUCCAACGGUCUACGAACCUACCGUCUUCGAGAACUAUGUCCAUGACAUCUUUGUCGACAACGUUCAUAUCGAACUUUCCCUCUGGGACACUGCUGGCCAGGAGGAGUUUGACCGACUCCGAAGUCUGUCGUAUGAUGACACCGACCUCAUCAUGCUCUGCUACAGCGUUGAUAGCAAGGACUCGCUCGAGAACGUGGAGAGCAAGUGGGUUGGCGAAAUUGCGGAACAUUGCCCCAACACCAAACUCGUUCUCGUUGCGCUCAAGUGCGAUCUUCGCGAAUCCGACGAAGAGGAGCCCAACACCGACGGCGCUGCCCCGCAAGGCGAGAAGAAGCCGACUAUCAACUAUGACCAGGGCCUCGAGGUCGCGCGACGCAUCAACGCCCUCCGAUAUCUCGAAUGCUCUGCGAUGCGCAACAGGGGCGUCAACGAGGCCUUCACCGAAGCUGCUCGUGUAGCCCUCACUGUCAAGAAGGACCGCGACGACUCGCCAUGUGUAAUUAUGUGA